AGUGGUUGGCGCAUGCGCAGAGCAGCAUAGCACAGUCUGAGCCUUUAGCGUUAGCUCAUAUCCUCCUCAUCAUCAUCUUUGUGAACAUUUGUUGUUGAACAGCGCGUGGUUUGUAUCGAGCGGGAUUUUCGCGAAUCUUUGUGACAGAACAUGCCCAAGAAUAAAGGUAAAGGAGGAAAGAAUCGGCGACGUGGAAAGAACGAGAAUGAGUCUGAGAAGAGAGAGCUGGUGUUCAAAGAAGACGGACAAGAAUACGCUCAGGUGAUUAAAAUGUUGGGGAACGGCCGUUUGGAGGCCAUGUGUUUCGACGGCACCAAGCGACUCUGCCACAUCAGAGGAAAACUCCGGAAAAAGGUUUGGAUUAACACGUCAGACAUCAUCCUGGUGGGAUUGAGAGAUUACCAGGACAACAAAGCUGACGUCAUCCUCAAGUACAACCCAGACGAGGCUCGCAGUUUGAAAGUGUACGGAGAGCUGCCCGAACAUGCCAAACUGGACUUGGACACUCUGGGCAACGUCGAUGACGACGUGCAGUUUGACGACGAUUGUGACGUCGAUGACGACGACGACAUUGAGGAGAUCUAAAACAGCUGCUUCUGGAGGACGAGGACAUUUUUACUGGAGAUGCUCCCACUGAGAUAUUCUGAACCGAAACAUCGCAACAACAAUUAAUAAUCGCGACUUUUUUUAUUCUGAUCAGCCGACGCUAAUCCGACAGAUUAACACACUUGACUGAUUAUUACUACGUUUAAUUUAAUUUGUCUCCGGCCUGGUUCUCAGCAGGAGACCAAGUUCACUGUCAGGGUAAAAUCAAAGCUGCUGCAGCACCCCCAGCUGUACACAGCGGUACUGCAGCUGCACUGUGGAAUAAGAGCAGGCUGAUAAUCCAGAUUAACAUCUGGAGCAUUUCUAGAUUUGUACGUGUUGCCGUCUCCUUCACGUCAAAGUAGUUUCUCUCUUUUUCGCCGCAGAGUCUGAACUCUCUAGUUUUUCUUUUCUUUUUUUUUUUUCUUUUUUUUUUCAUCUUCAGCAGCAAACGCGACUUCUUUUUAAAAACAAAUGUAUUUAUAUUAAUUUCACGUUUGUGUGGAAUUGAAACAGAAAUCUCUGCAUUCGCCAAAAAAUAAAAAGAGGGGAAAAACUUUGUGUUUUUCUUUCUUCUGGCGGCCGUGGUUUUCUUUGUAGCUUAAAACAAACAACAAAUAAAUCCGAUAAAACCACAUGA